AUGGUCAAACCAAUCUCUUUCCUGACCGCCGUUGCCCUAGCUGCGGUACUGCCCCUAGCCUGGGGCAUCGACUGCAACAACUGGUCCAUGCGCUACAAGAAGUUCCUCGACGGCGUGUGCGUCUGCAACAGCACAGUCGCCUGCGAUACCUUCCCGAACGACUACCUGAAGCUGUCGUCGGGCCAGGCAGGCGUGUACCGCACCACUCGGGACGGCGAGCGUUUCCGCUACGAGACGGCCACGUUCGUCUCGGGCUCUUCAGCUGACGCUGACUUGACCAUUGACGCGAGUACCACGUACCAAACCAUCGUAGGCUUUGGUGGCGCCUUCACGGACGCCGCAGCGAUCAACGUGCACAAAAUGGACAGCACGAUGCAGAAGAUGAUACUGGACGCCUACUACUCGGCCGACGGCAUCCAGUACACCACGGGCCGCAUCCCGAUCUCGUCGACCGAUUUCUCCACGAGCAUCUACUCGUACGACGCCACCGUGGACGACUUCGACAUGAGCGACUUCUCCAUUGCGGUGGACAAGGCAUCAGCGACGCACAAGCUGGACCUGAUCCACCGCGUGCUGGGCAUGACCGAGCGCAGCCUCUCGAUCUUUGCGUCCUCGUGGGCGCCUCCGGUCUGGAUGACGAAGGAGAACACGACUCUCAACUGCCACAUGAAGGGGAGUCCAGGUGAACAGUACUGGAAGGCGCUGGCGCUCUACUACUCCAAAUUCAUCACUGCGUACGAAAAGGAGGGCAUUCCGAUCUGGGCCAUGACCACGCAGAACGAGCCGUCAGAGCCCCUUAUCAAGCUCAAUUCGUGGCAGAGUCUGCGCUUUACGGCCACGACUGAGCGCGACUUCAUCAAAAAGGACCUGGGCCCACAGUUGAAGGCCGAUCACCCCAACUUGAAGCUUAUCAUCAUGGACGAUAACAAGAGCAACUUGCUCAGUUGGCUGGCUGCACUUGAAGACGCGGACGCCGCUCAGUACGUGGACGGCGUUGGUAUCCACUGGUACUCCAACGCCGACUUCCCACUGGGUAUCGGCGGCAGCUUCAGCGAUCUCACUACCUUCCACACCAAGUAUCCCAACGUCUUCAUGCUGGGAACGGAGGCUUGUGAAGGCUACAUCCCCGACUGGGUGGUCACGAGCACGGGUGCUGGCGUGAAGCUUGGUGACUUCAACAUUGGCUGGUGGCGAGCCCACAACUACGCCAAGGACAUCAUCAACGACCUCACCAGCUACGUGUCCGGCUGGACCGACUGGAACCUCGUGCUGGACACGAACGGCGGACCCAACUGGGCCAAGAACUACGUCGAUGCGCCGAUCAUCGUGGACGAGACUAACGGCAACGAGAUCUACAAGCAGCCCAUGUACUACGUCAUGGGCCACUUCUCCAAGUUCCUGACGUCUGGGUCCGUGCGGCUGAAAUUCACAGCAGCCAGUGGCAGCCAGUCGCGGCUCAGCGAUGUGGACUGGACAGCGUUUCUGACGCCCGAGGGCAAGUACGUUGCCAUCCUCUUCAACAAGGGCGACGACGAAGAGACCGUGAAGAUCAUGGCUCCAAGCGGGAAGCUGGUGCAGGUGGUGAUCCGCCCGACGUCCAUCCAAACUGUUGUUUUCAACAAGUAG